AUGGAUCCGGAGAUCUCGCUCAUGUUCCAAUGUACCUCCCCAUUGGGCAUUUCCGAGAGUCACGUCAGAGUGGAACUUUCCCCUCUGUACGACCGACACCCGCUACCUGGCGACCGGGUCCAGAUCGAGACCGCUUGGGCAGCGCGACGCCAGCGGGAACUGUGGCUCUUCGACGGGGCCAAAUUCCGCCUCCACUCGGUCAAGCAGGAGGGAGGCGUCUUAGUCUUCCGCCUCGGCAUCACCUGCUACAAGGACUUUGUGGGCACCAACCUGGCCAGCAGAGUCGAAACGCUGCGUCAGCACGGGCACGAGGAUUUCGGCAACAGCCAGGCCUACCUCGCCGACCCCCUGGGGGUGGGUGCCAUGCUGCACACGGCGGACGAUAAGUUCGUCUUCUUGCGGCGCAGUCUGUGUGUAGGAGAGGCACCUGGGAAGGUGGACAUUCCCGGGGGGCAUCCUGAACCAACGGUUGUGACAGGAGAUACUGCCUCAGAGGGACCCAUCCGCCAUCAGGACCUCCCCGGAGAGCUAGUGGUGAAAGAGUUGUUUUCCUCCGUGCUACGAGAGAUUCAGGACGAGGUUAACCUUCCUCCGCCCACCCUGAGCUGCCCAGUGUUGCUUGGGAUCGCUCGGAAUGAGACAAGCGGAGGCCGUGCCAGUGCUGAAUUCUACGUCAGGUGUAGCCUGACUUCUGAGGAAGUGCAGCAUAACUAUGCCAUCGGGGGCCCUGAAGCCCAAGAGUCUACAAGCACCAUAUUUGUCACGAGAGAGAACGUCCUGACGAUGGAGCAGAGGGGGGACCUAUGGAAAGAACUGUGCCCUUCAGGCAAAGGGGCCAUAAAACUCUACGCAGGAGUGAUGGGCCAGUGCCCGUGA